AUGGCCGAUUUAAAACUUUUUAUUGAUCCAUAUGAAGCUCCAUAUCCUAGCACAGUACGUGAAUUGCUUAAUGACACUGACAAGAGGAAGGCUAAUAUUUGUGCUACCGCCACUCCGUUAGGAAGAUGUCUGCUUGUCUGCAAUAAUCAUAUUUAUGUUUGGUCGUUUACAAAAUCUGAAUCUGGAAUCCCGCAUGCAACUCAUAUGGAGUUGCCUACUACUGGUUUGAAAUAUUCUGUGCAGCUUGUUUGCCUUUUCAACAAGAGUCAAGCUUCCAAAUAUAUGAGUUUGCUUGCAAUUUCACCUGAAGGCCAUCUCAGAUAUUGGAGUGAACUGGGCAAACAACCAAGAAAUGAACAAUGUCUUCUGAAUAAUGAAGUUGCCCAUUCUAUUCAACAAAUCAACUCACAAGAGAAUGUUCAUCGAUUUCUUUUGACGACAACAACUGGUUCUUUUCACAUUAUUGACCUUUUCCAUGGAUUGGACCAGCCUGAUCGAUUAGCAACACGCCCUCUGGAUGUUGGUGGACCCGGGGGAGGAAUUGGACAUCGAAUGUCUCUUUUGCUUUUUGGAAGUUUGACUGCAGAGAAGGAAAGGAUUUUGAAAACAAUUUUUGUUCAUGGAAAGAUGAGCCCGCGUUCAGACGUUGUUAAUGUUCUGCGUCGUUGCCUACGAUUCUACUCAAUUUUUGAUCAAAGAGCAUUGGAUCAUGAAGUAGAUAUUGCUGAUUUGGCUCUUAUUAAAUUCAACAAGAACUGUUCUCGCUCUGAAAGACGUCAUUUUAGUAUUGUCGAUGCAAUUCAACAUUUGAAUGGAAUUCUUAUGCUUUUGGUUGGCGAAAAGAAGUCUAAUGAAGUUAGUGCGAGAGAUUACUUGGUUGAUAGAAAGCUUUUUAUUGGUUACUAUGAGGAAAAAUUUGAAAAAGAUGCAAUCCAGCGCAAUCUUCGUACCUUAACUGAAAUUGAAUUACCAGAGUCUCUAUCUGCUGUCGGGAUGGAUAAGCGUCUACAAACGGCGCAAUUACUUUCUCCUAGUACUGAUGAAUGUUGUGUUGCUUUUUAUGAUUCUUUUGUUCUCAUUCGUCAUUAUGCUGCCAAAUCACGUGUUUCUUUUUUUAUUCUCGAAAGCUAUGCAACCAACAAUACAAAAAGCCCGAUUCGGCAAUACACUGGUGACACACUUUUCGGCUCUGCUGCAAUUCAUGGAUCUGCUACUUUGGUUCUCAAAGACGGUGGUCACCAAGAAAUUUUAUAUCAAUUGGACACACAAGAGAAAUUUACUGUUACUGGCAGCGAACACCGUUUGAAGGAUGCUUUUGUUGAGUUUUGUGCCAAAAACAUUAAACGGUCCAAGAAAUUAUUGCGUGACAUGCUUAAUGAUAUGCAGAGUUCUGGUGGAUCUGACACUGCUUCAGCUUCACAUCAACAAGUUUCUGUUGAUUUAUUGCUUUAUUUUCUCGAUAGACAACCUAUGGCAAAAGAGGAUGAGCGUUGGGGAUUUGUAUCUGAUUCUUUAAUUACGAAUGAACAACAAAAGCUUUUGAGAGAAUUGGCAGAAACAAAGAAAUUCACACUUCUAUUGCGUCAACUCCAAAUUAAAUUGUCCUUUUACAAGAUGUUUGUACUUUUCCUGCGUACAUACAAACUUACUGAUAUGAUUGAGUAUCCAUUACAAUCUUUUCAAAUGCGUAGUGGCAAGGCUGUUAUAGCCGAAUUAGGUGAAAAAUUAGUGUCGAUGAUUGCAACAUUUAGAUGGCUUAGCGAGCACAGUUUGUCUUUUUUAUUUUUCUUUAUAACUUAA